AUGCAGCGACUGUGUGCGUAUGUGCUGAUCUUGGCGCUGGCUCUGGCCACCUUCUCUGAAGCUUCAUGGAAGUCCCUUUCUCAGCUUCAGGAUGUCCCUUAAGGUCCAGGGGCCAACAGGGGUCGAGGCACAGCCUCUCACCACCAAAGGCAGCUGAGGUUCCAGGGUCCCCCACGUGGGGUGGCAGACCUGUCCAAGAAGCAGGGGCCAUGGCUGGAGAAAGAAGAAGUGUAUGGAUGGUUGGAUUUCGGCCACUGCAAUGCUGAGGAAGAGGACCAACAUCCAUAG